AUGGCUGUUAAUGUAAAGAGCCAAGUAAUAUAUUUUGGGGCUGUCAAUGGUAAAAAAGCAAGAGUAGAACGGAUGAAGUACAUGGCUACUGGUGUCUAUGUGGCAACAGCAGCAAAAACAACAACAACAACAACCGCAGUAACCAGAAGCGACAGCAAGUGGUACACGGCAUGGUCGUCAUCAGUUGGCAUCGGUUGGCAUCGUCGGACUUUCGGAGAUGACAUUAAGGCGACGUACACCAGAGACAAAGAGAUUAGAAUUGGAGAAUCGAAAGGAGAAGAGAGGCAGAGGAAUAGGGAGUUCGUGAUGGAGAGAGAGACAGAGAUAAGGGAGGAAGUGUUGGACUGCGAAUUCAGUUAG